GUCGUCACAGUGGUAACCCGGAUGUAGAGAAGCGGCUGUGAGAAAGUCCGAUCCGGGCGAAGCAGCUCCUAAGGGGAUUGGUGGCCAGGUGGAAGAACUUGGCCAGCAGUGGCUGGAUUUCCACCCACAGAUGUCCGAAGAGCUUUGAUCAGGAGGGAAGACUGCUGCAUGUGUUUUUCCGUUUUGUAUUUUGUGUUUUUUUAUUUUGGUGAUUCGGAAGCUCCCAUUCACACCCCAAGCUGGCGAUGUCAAGAGUGUCGAGUCCCCCUCCUCCCGCGGAAAUGUCAAGCGGGCCUGUGGCAGAGAGCUGGUGUUACACGCAGAUUAAAGUGGUAAAGUUUUCCUACAUGUGGACCAUCAACAACUUCAGCUUCUGCAGGGAGGAGAUGGGGGAGGUCAUCAAGAGUUCAACGUUCUCGUCUGGAGCCAACGAUAAGUUGAAAUGGUGUCUGCGAGUGAACCCCAAGGGGCUGGAUGAGGAGAGUAAAGACUACCUGUCUCUCUACCUGCUGCUCGUCAGCUGUCCCAAGAGCGAAGUGCGAGCCAAGUUCAAGUUCUCUAUUCUCAACGCCAAAGGGGAGGAGACCAAAGCCAUGGAGAGCCAGCGGGCAUACCGGUUUGUGCAAGGGAAGGACUGGGGCUUCAAGAAGUUCAUUCGAAGGGAUUUCCUUUUGGAUGAGGCCAAUGGACUCCUGCCAGACGAUAAGCUCACCCUAUUCUGUGAGGUGAGCGUGGUGCAGGACUCUGUCAACAUCUCGGGACAGAACACCAUGAACAUGGUGAAGGUGCCGGAGUGCCGGCUGGCGGAUGAGCUGGGGGGGUUGUGGGAGAACUCUCGCUUCACAGACUGCUCCCUGUGCGUGGCAGGACAGGAGUUCCAGGCACACAAAGCAAUACUCGCAGCUCGUUCACCAGUCUUCAGUGCGAUGUUUGAGCAUGAAAUGGAGGAGAGUAAAAAGAACCGUGUUGAAAUAAACGAUGUGGAGCCCGAGGUUUUUAAAGAGAUGAUGUGUUUUAUCUAUACGGGGAAGGCCCCCAAUCUUGACAAGAUGGCAGAUGACCUGCUGGCUGCUGCGGACAAGUAUGCACUGGAGCGCUUGAAAGUGAUGUGUGAGGACGCACUCUGCAAUAACCUGUCAGUGGAUAAUGCUGCAGAGAUUUUAAUCCUGGCGGAUCUUCACAGUGCAGACCAGCUGAAGACCCAAGCGGUGGACUUCAUUAACUACCAUGCGGCGGACGUGAUGGAGACAUCUGGCUGGAAGUCCAUGGUGGUGUCUCACCCUCACCUGGUGGCAGAGGCUUACCGCUCCUUGGCGUCCGCACAGUGCCCCUUCCUUGGCCCUCCCCGCAAGCGCCUGAAGCAGUCCUAAUGCCUGCCUACCACCCCCCACCCCAUCAAUCCUCUCCCUCCUCCUGCACCCCAUCUACCAGAUCUUCCUCACCAACCUGAACUCCCUUUCCGUGUGAGAACUGUUGUGAGUUGAUGCUUGUGAAUUUUAUCAGAAACAAAAAUGCAAGUCAGCACUGCCUGGAGCCAUUGGCCGCUGCCCAGUGCAGGGCCUGUGCAAGGUGCCUUUGCAGCGUGGAGAAAGACUUCACUGAGUGCAGAAAUCCACACAGAGACUUUUUAAAAAGCAGUGGCAGCUGAUGGGAGAAGGGGACCGGACCUUGAUUCUCAUAGUGACCUACUGCUCCCGAUAGCGUGUUUCCUUGUAGACGUCAGCUGUAUGGAACGGCCUGCUAUUUGUAUUUUAAACUAGAGCGGCAGAGGAUGAAGGUUAAGGAUAAAGACUGUUUUUAACAAGGAGAAAAGUAUAAUGAUAAUAAUAAUAAUAAUAAUACAAAUUAACCAGAGGCUUUGAAGCAAAAACAAAAGCGUACUGCUGUUU